AUGGCCCCAGAGACGCCAAACACACAGAAAACCUCCCAACCAUGGCCCCAGAGACGCCAAACACUCAGGAAACCUCCCAACCAUGGCCCCAGAGACGCCAAACACACAGAAAACCUCCCAUCCAUGGCCCCAGAGACGCCAAACACUCAGGAAACCUCCCAACCAUGGCCCCAGAGACGCCAAACACACAGAAAACCUCCCAUCCAUGGCCCCAGAGACGCCAAACACUCAGGAAACCUCCCAACCAUGGCCCCAGAGACGCCAAACACACAGAAACCUCCCAUCCAUGGCCCCAGAGACGCCAAACACUCAGGAAACCUCCCAACCAUGGCCCCAGAGACGCCAAACACUCAGGAAACCUCCCAACCAUGGUCCCAGAGACGCCAAACACUCAGGAAACCUCCCAACCAUGGCCCCAGAGACACCAAACACUCAGGAAACCUUCCAACCAUGGCCCCAGAGACACCAAACACACAGGAAACCUCCCAACCAUGGCCCCAGAGACGCCAAACACACAGGAAACCUCCCAACCAUGGCCCCAGAGACAUCAAACACUCAGGAAACCUUCCAACCAUGGCCCCAGAGACACCAAACACACAGGAAACCUUCCAACCAUGGCCCCAGAGACACCAAACACACAGGAAACCUCCCAACCAUGGCCCCAGAGACACCAAACACUCAGGAAACCUUCCAACCAUGGCCCCAGAGACACCAAACACACAGGAAACCUUCCAACCAUGGCCCCAGAGACAUCAAACACUCAGGAAACCUUCCAACCAUGGCCCCAGAGACAUCAAACACUCAGGAAACCUUCCAACCAUGGCCCCAGAGACAUCAAACACUCAGGAAACCUUCCAACCAUGGCCCCAGAGACAUCAAACACUCAGGAAACCUUCCAACCAUGGCCCCAGAGACACCAAACACACAGGAAACCUUCCAACCAUGGCCCCAGAGACACCAAACACACAGGAAACCUCCCAACCAUGGCCCCGGAGACACCAAACACACAGGAAACCUCCCAACCAUGGUCCCAGAGACACCAAACACUCAGGAAACCUUCCAACCAUGGCCCUCCGCAGUUUUCCGCCGCGACAACAACAUCGAACUCCCCCGCGAACUAAACUCAUCAAAGGUCAAUCAAGAAGCUGA